AGCAUCUUCUUUUUCUUGAAUUAAUUCAGUUUAAUGUACAAACUGAAUUAUCUAAAUUUUUUACCGUCAGAUCGAAUGAAUUAAAGAAUAUCGGAAGACAAAACUUAACAAUGUGGGUGUGUGCCCUAAAAAAAUUCAAGCUCAACCAUUCAAAAUAAAACGAUCUUACUAUUUCGAGAAAUAAGUACCACCACUUAGAUCCGUGGAAUUUGGUUUCCAACUACGGAUUUAGAAACAUGGUUUUCCACAAAACUACGAGGACUCCCAAAAACUAGUUAACAAAGAUUGUAAGAGAAUAUACAGACAUUCAGAGCCAAAAGUAAUUUUUUAUUUUUAAAGAAAACUUUGGCGGUAUGAGGGAGCCAAAAGUACUACUUGUCAUUGUACGGAUCGGAUAAUUAACCUCGGGGAUACGAGGGAGCCAAAAGUACUACUUGUCGUCGUACAGGUCCGAUAAUAUUUUUCUGUCAACCGGGUCAUAUAUUUAUAGCCAUUUGAGUUUUCAGACAAGGGCACUAUCUUUAUCUUGCGGCCAUUUCAUGGAGUCGCCUGCAAGAUUAUCUGCCAUCUUCGUCUUCCUCUUCGUCCUCGUCGGCGCGCUUGUUUGCACACGCUUGCUCAACUCCUCCACAGAGACUCUAAUUAGUACUACUUCAUCCCAAGUACCUAUAUUAACCACCAAAACUUCCCAAACAUACCCUAACAAAACCGGUCAAAUUCCCCAAAACCCCUCGAGCCAAUUCGAAAUCCCACUCAACUGCACAGCCUACAACCUCACAACUACCUGCCCUUCAAACUACCCUACCACAUUCCACCCGGAGCAAGAUCCUGAUCGUCCGUCAUCGCCCACAUGUCCGGAAUACUUUCGUUGGAUACACGAAGACCUACGGCCAUGGGCCCACACCGGGAUCACACGGGACAUGGUGGAGAGGGCUAAUCGGACGGCCAAUUUCAAGCUGGUGAUUGUGAAUGGCAAGGCUUACGUCGAGCAAUAUGAGAAGGCGUUUCAGACCAGAGAUACUUCUACAAUAUGGGGGAUCCUACAGUUGUUACGGAAGUACCCAGGGAAGGUGCCGGAUCUGGAGAUGAUGUUUGACUGCGUUGACUGGCCCGUCAUUUUGUCAGGAGAUUAUGACGGCCCCAACUCCACUACUCCACCGCCGUUGUUUCGCUAUUGUGGGGAUGACAGCACCCUUGACAUUGUCUUUCCUGAUUGGUCCUUUUGGGGAUGGGCUGAAAUCAAUAUAAGGCCAUGGGAGACUUUGUUAAAGAACCUAGAGGAAGGCAACAAGAGGAGCAAAUGGCUAGAUAGAGAACCUUAUGCUUAUUGGAAGGGAAAUCCAACUAUUGCUGAACACAGGCAAGAACUCAUGACAUGCAAUGUUUCUGACCAGUAUGAUUGGUAUGCUCGCCUUUAUGCUCAGGAUUGGUCUCGCGAAGCACAGGAAGGGUUCAAGAGAUCUGAUUUAGCAAGCCAAUGCGUUCAUAGGUACAAGAUCUACAUAGAAGGCUCUGCUUGGUCUGUGAGUGAAAAGUACAUUCUUGCAUGUGAUUCUGUUACGUUGAUAGUAAAGCCCCGUUACUACGAUUUCUUCACGAGAACUUUGAUGCCGCUGCACCACUACUGGCCCAUAAAGUAUGAUGACAAGUGCAGAUCUAUCAAGUUUGCUGUUGAUUGGGGCAACAGUCACAAGAAAAAGGCGCAAGCAAUUGGAAGGGCAUCAAGUAAGUUAAUUCAAGAGGACUUGAAGAUGGACUAUGUGUAUGACUACAUGUUUCAUCUUUUAAACGAGUACGCAAACCUCUUACAAUUCAAGCCUAGGAUACCUCAAAAAGCGAUUGAACUCUGCUCGGAGGCAAUGGCUUGCCAAGCAGAAGGAUUAGAAAAGAAAUUUAUGAUGGAAUCUUUGGUGAAGGGUCCUGCAGUCAGUGAACCUUGCAGCUUGCCUCCGCCUUAUGAUCCGGCGUCUCUUUUUGAAGUGCUUCGUAGAAAAGAAAGUUCAAUCAAACAAGUAGAAACAUGGGAGAAGAAUUAUUGGAAGGAUCAUGAGCAGUCAUAGAGAGGGUUAUAUAUAAACACAUACACAUAGAUAUAUAUGAUAUGUACUGGUGUAUACAACUAGUUUUGAGUACCUACAACUUAACCUAUCUUAUGAUUACUCCUUUCUAAAUAUUAUUAGCAGAAAGAUUUUCCACUACAAGAACAACAACAAGGCCUUAUUCCAUUAAGUGGAGUUGGUUAUAUGAAUCCUAGAACAUCAAUACGUUCAGUUUUACAUCAAGUCUUUUGUUAGCUCCAAGUACUUCAUAUCUUUUCUUAAAGUCUCUGUCGAAGUCUUCAUAGGUCU